UCCAGUGAGUAAUAAGAGCAGCUUCACACAGACCAGUGGUUUUGUCUAUGUAAGUCACUCAUUGAGAGCAGAUCCCACACACACACAGAGGGAAAGAGAUUAAUGCUGCGAGCCACUACCUGCUGAAUCUGCUGUCUCCGUGGAAACGCCGAUGAGCCACAAUAAGGAGGCGAAGAGUAGGAUUCCCCAGCCAGACGGUCCCGAGCGCGCAAAGGAGGAGGAGAGGAGCCACUCUGAUUCGCUGGCAACCAUGGACGCCAAAGUGGAGCGCUUUCUCAAGUUAGGAUACUCUUACAGCGACAUCCUCAGGGUACUGGAGAGCCUCCGGCACGACGCCCAGACCAAUGACAUCUUGGAGGAGCUGAUAAAGACGUGCCACACUCGCACCCACAACAACAGGAGCGUGCCAAACAGCCCCAAGCUGGUGCCCAGAGGCUGCAGCCCCAGCCCCAGCCAAGCCAGACCGGGACCGGACAGAGAAGCGGCAGCUGGAUUCAGACCGGUGGUUAUAGACGGCAGCAACGUGGCCAUGAGCCACGGCAACAAGAAGGUGUUUUCGUGCCAGGGUCUCCAGCUGGCAGUAAACUGGUUUUGGGACAAAGGGAUGCGCGACAUCACAGUGUUCGUCCCCCUGUGGAGGAAGGAGCAGCCGAAGCCUGAGGCGCCCAUCACAGAUCAACAUAUUCUCCACGAGUUGGAGAGGAGGAAGAUCCUGGUGUACACGCCAUCCCGCUGCGUAAACGGGAAGAGGGUGGUGUGCUAUGAUGACCGCUACAUAGUCAAGCUGGCCUUUGACUCAGAUGGCAUCAUCGUGUCCAAUGACAACUACCGCGACCUGCAGACAGAGAACCUCCAGUGGAAGAAAUUCAUAGAGGAGAGGCUGCUGAUGUACACAUUCGCCAAUGACAAGUUUAUGCCUCCAGAUGAUCCUCUGGGCAGGAAUGGUCCCACUAUUGAUGAUUUUCUGAGAAAGAAGCCACGCACCCCAGAAAACAAGCUGCAGCAUUGUCCAUAUGGAAAGAAAUGCACUUAUGGAGUAAAGUGUAAGUUCUACCAUCCAGAGAGGGCCAACCAGUCCCAGUUGUCAGUGGCUGAUGAGCUGAGGGCCCUAAGAGACAGAGACAGAGCCAAGAACAUCUCCCCUGCUGCAUAUCAGCAGGAGCACAGGUACAUCUCCACCCCUCCACCUCUGGGCAUAGAUGAGCUGUCACACAGGGCUUCGCCAGGGGAGCAGUCCAUCUGUCAGAGGGACACCAGCAGCCCGAGAAACCAAAUGAACUCAAGUCUCCAACACUGCCCGAGCCCAGAUAUAGAUGAAGCCUUCAGCUCCAUGGACAGCUCUCUGUCCAGGCUCUAUAUCCAUGACAUGGUCUACAGCAGGGAGCAGCCUGUGCACAGCUGCAGCAGCGGGGUGGCCAGCUACAGCCUGAGUCAAGAUGAGUACUCUGGGUCUUAUGGUGGCAACGCCCCGAGGAUCUGCCUGAACGGGGGUUACUACGCUCAGCCAAAUGGACUGGCAUCGCAUGAGCCCCCCACGUGCAGUCAAUGCAGGUGCUGUCACCAGCAGACCAGACUAUCCCCAAACAGGCACCAGCAGCAGCACCACCACCACCUCCAGCAGCAUGGAUGGAGCUCAUGUCCAGCUCUACCACCACAUAAUGGGGAGCUUCCCUCUCAAUUUGCAGAGAAGCAGUACUACAGACAGCCCUCCCACAGACAGACCCACAGCUUGCCCAGGGACCCAUGGGUGCAGGGCAGCCUGUCUGACCCUAGGCUGAGCAGUGGGGCUAAGAGCCCAUUGAGCGAGCGGAGGAAGGCUCUGAGGAUCCAGCUUAGCACCCUAUUCCCCCAGAACAUGGUAGAGCAAGUCAUGAAUGCUUACCCGCACGUGUCCGACAUGUCUGAACUGAUUUCUCUCAUCCAGAACUACAGAGCGAGCCACAUCAGUUUCUAGAUCCCAAGGACUUGUUUUUUUUUUUUUUUUUUUACAUUUCUUCAAACCGAGCCCAUGUUGGAGUUCUCAAUUCAAAAGAAAAGUGAAAACUGAAGAACGAGAGCACUUCUCGAAAUUACUGUGAAUUCAUUAUGACAGUUUGUACUGUGCAAAAUGAUUUGUCUUGCUUGAACAUGAUGCAAACUUACCCUUCAUUUGAAGCAUUACAAAGUGACACGAUCUGCAGAAAAUGUAGCAGAUUGAAUGCUCUCUCUUUAUCCUAGUGUAAAAGUGCAAUGCACUAAGCUCCAUACAAGCUACUUAUUGUAGCCUGAAAAUUGUUUUGUUUUAAAUAAAAGCAGCAUGUGUUGUUUUCCCAUGUUGCCUCAAAGUGAGGAACGCUAUAUUCUAUAUUUCUGUAAAGAAUGUCAUUGAUCUAUUUUUAAUAUGAAUUCUAAUGCCUUGUUUUUACUGAGAAAUAAAAGCGCUCAAACCACAUUACCACUGGGUAAUUUUCUAUUUGAAACUGUGCUUAUAGAUGUGAAGCUAAGGUGAAAUUUCAAUGCCAUUAAUGUCAUUAAAAAAAAGAAAAAAAAAAAAAAAAACAGCCAUUGCUCUCUGAUGGUAGCUUUAGUAGAGCAGCUUUGCAUGAUUUACAGUUCAAAAUUAUCCUUAUUUUGGUGCAUGCCAUCAAUCUGAAACAAGCUGUUUACACCUAGGGCUGCAUCAGAGAAACAAACAUAGCUUCUGGAUCUGAAAAGUAAAGUCUGUACAGAAGUGCCACCACCCUGCGUACAUCUCCUCCAGCUGAGCUUUUUGCUCAGUGAUUUGUGUACAUACACCGAUUUCACGAUUUUAAACUCUGGCCAUACUGGAACAGUACAGAACAGCAAAUAAGGAACAGCAGAGUACGUCUACUUUAAAGUGAGCCCGCUGUUCAACCAGUAAUGACGCUGCAGAUGUUUUCCUUCACACGUCAAGCACAUGCAUGUUCCUCCCGAGACACGGGUUUCUGAGCCUCUUUUUAAACCUGUGUGACAUUUUGUUUUGUGUUCAAUGUACCGUUGCAUUUCCCAGAAAGCUGUUG